UGGGGCAGAGUGCAGAGCACUAGAUGGUUAUCGGUUCAAAACACGUCGUACCUUUUUUUUCUGGAUUAUUACUCUAACAUUACUUUACCUAGAUAUAUUAAAGUAAAAUAUUUUACGAAUUCGACUGUCAAAGAUUUAUGUAAUAUAGUCUGCGUAGUCCUCUGAGACCAGGCUGAAAGGUUAACAGAAACACUGAAAAUGGCUUCGUCAAGCACAAUUCCUGCAGAGAUGGAUGAAGACACAGACAAGCAGCCUGUUCGCAGACGAAAUUCCAGGGAUCUACCUUCAAACUUAACCAUGACCAGAAGGAUUGUGUUGGUGGGGAAGACCGGGGCUGGGAAAAGCUCUUCAGGAAACACCAUCCUGGGAAGGAAAAUCUUUAUAGAGGCAAAGUCUAGCAAGUCUGUGACACAAGAGUGCUGCAAAGAAACUGCUGAGGUGGCAGGUAUACAGGUGGUCAUAGUGGACACACCUGGAUUAUUUGACAGAAAACGUCCCGACAGAGAGUUGGAGACUGAAAUCGGUCAAUGUAUCAACUUGACUUCACCUGGUCCACAUGCGAUUGUACUGGUCAUGGAUGUGGGCCCAUUCACACCAGAAGAAGAGAACACUGUAAAGAAAAUCAGGGCGCUAUUUGGAGAUGAAGCGGAGAAGUAUACCAUGAUUCUCUUCACCCAUGGGGAUGAGUUGGAUCCGGGUGGCAUUGAGCAGUACAUCAGUGAAAGUUCGGAUGAGUUCAAGAAAUUCAUGGAGCAGUUUGGUGGAAGGUACCAUGUUUUUGACAACAACAAGAUGGAUGACAGAGACCAAGUUCUGAAAUUCAUGGAGAAAAUGGAUGAUAUGGUUGAAAAGAAUGACCGAGGCUUCUACACCAAUGAAAUGUACAAGGAGGUGGAGAAAAGGAUUUGUAAGAAUGAGGAAGAGUUAAUGAACAAGUAUAAAGUAGAGCUACAGAGGUUAGUUGACGAAGAGAAGAACCUGCCUCCUGAAUACCAGGAGAAGAGUAAGAAGAUACGGAAAGAAAUUGAGGCACUAAGAGAGUCACUGCAAGAAAAAGAAGAGAGACUUAAAGAGUUGAAAUAUCUGGAGCAGAACAAGAUCCCGUGGAUUGUGGAACACCAACUUUAUUAUGAAAUGAAGCUGAGGGCUGUUAGACAGGAAGCAGAAAAUAUACAACAUAACACAGAUAUGUCAUCAGAGGUGUGUAGCAAGGUACAGGGCCUCCAUCUUACAGAAUAAAGUGUAGAGUGAAAAGUAUAUUGGGGACAUUUGAGAGAUUGUUAAUAAAACAACGUUAAGGCUCAAACUCCUGUUUUAAAGGCAUUGUACAUAGGGGUGUGCCAAUUCCAUCAUACUUGUAUCCGUAAUCAUGGCCAGAACCCCAAAAGCUAGGGUCUGGUGUCAUUAUUUCAGUUGUUCAAUUUGUCUUUCCUUGUCAUUUCCCUUGAAAACAUAUUGCAAGGAAGACAAAUAACUAUUGUAAUAUGUAUGCCUUGUUUGGAAGUACCCCAGUGAGGAAUCUAUGGCGGCCCGCCGGCGCUGGGGGGCCGCAGGAGGCUAUAAUGUCCUACAGCCAGCGGGCCACCAGCUUUUGCCGCUUUUCUCCUGAUCUCAAUUUGCAUCUCAGGCGGCUUUCCACCAGUGGCCCAACUGCUUUGCACUGGCGGCUACCCGCCGAAGAGAGGGUGUGCUCUGUGAUCUGGUGUAUCUGCUUGUGUUGCCAUUUUCUUCCUUCAGAGAUGCUAUUGUACACCUUAUA